AUGAAAAUUUCUAAUAAAAAAAAGAAAGAUACUAUAUUUGCUCCAUCGAGUUUACAUGGUAUUUCAAAAUGGAUAAAAGAAUAUCGUGAUCGUUUUUCAAUUGAUAUUAAUCAACUUGAAAAAACAUCUCGAGAUUUUCUUACUCUUAAUAAAUCAACAUCUAAUAAACAAACUAAAGAUAAGAAACAAUUAAAUAAUGAAGAUGAUGAUGAUGAUAAAACAUUAAGUCGUUUACGUGCAAAACAUAAACGUUCAAAUCAAAAAAAAGAAUUAGUCAAUUUUUAUAAAUUUCAAAUGACUGAUAAGAAAAUUGAUCAACUUGAACAAUUAAAAAUGAAAUUUGAAUUAGAUAAACAACGUAUUACACAAAUGAGACAACAACGAAAAUUUAAACCAUUUUAA